AUGAUGGAGGGGGUGAAGAAGGUGUUUUACAGUAUGGUGUCGAUUAAAAUCCGGGAGUAUGUGAAGGACUACUGCAGGAGGAACGGCCUGCUAACAUUGUCGGUCAUCGCUGUAGUGACUGGAUGUGUUCUAGGAUUUCUCCUCAGGUCUCUCAACCUUUCCACACAGGCAAAGAUUUACUUCUCCUUCCCAGGAGAAUUGCUGAUGAGGAUGUUAAAGAUGCUAAUUCUGCCUCUCAUCACCUCCAGUCUUAUGUCGGGCCUAUCAUCCAUGGACACAAAGGCAAGUGGUCGGCUGGGAGUCCUGACCAUCACCUACUACCUCUGGACAACCUUUAUCGCUGUCAUCGUUGGCAUCGUGCUGGUGCUCAUCAUGCACCCUGGGACGGGCUCAGAUAAGGACAACCACCAUGCCCACUCAGGGCCGGUUAUGACCUCCGCUGAUGCCCUUCUUGAUCUCAUCAGGAACAUGAUCCCAUCAAACCUAAUUGAAGCCACUUUUCAGCAGUACCGGACAGACCUGGUUCCCAUUGUACAAAAUGCUGAUGUAAAAGAAUCUCAGGCCAACUAUGUGUACGUCAUGCCUGACUAUCACAACCCUCAGCUUGGCCACCCAGUCUUCCUGGAGAUCACCCCUGCUCCUGACAUCAAGUAUAAAAUCGUCCCCAGUACCAGCAAGGGGAUGAAUGUCCUGGGGAUUGUAAUCUUUUCAGCCACAAUGGGUCUGCUGCUGGGGAAGAUGGGAGAACGUGGAGCACCACUGGUCAAUGUUUGUCAGUGCAUCAACGAGUGCGUCAUGAAGAUCAUUAACGCAGCAAUGUGGUACUUUCCCUUUGGAAUUGUGUUCCUUGUGGCGGGGAAGAUCCUGGACAUGCAAGAUCCAGCUCACCUUGGGGAGAAGCUGGGGAUGUACUUCAUCACUGUCCUGUCUGGUUUGUUUGUGCACGGCCUUAUCCUGCUGCCCCUCUUCUUCUUUUUCUUCACCCGCAAAAACCCCUUCCCUUUCAUCAGAGGGCUGCUUCAGGCUCUUGUUAUCGCACUGGCCACAUCAUCCAGCUCUGCCACACUACCCAUCACCAUGAAGUGUCUGCUGGAGAACUGUGGAGUGGACCGGCAGAUCGCUCGGUUUGUGCUGCCGGUGGGCGCAACUAUCAACAUGGACGGGACGGCCCUGUACGAGGCAGUGGCGGCCAUCUUUAUCGCACAGGUUAAUGAGUAUGACUUGGACUUUGGUCAGCUGGUCACUAUCAGUAUUACAGCAACAGCUGCAAGCAUCGGAGCAGCUGGGAUACCUCAAGCAGGUCUUGUCACCAUGGUGAUUGUCCUGACCUCCGUGGGGUUGCCUCCUGCUGACAUCUCCCUGAUUGUGGCCAUCGAUUGGGUGCUUGAUCGGUUCAGGACAAUGAUUAAUGUCCUGGGUGAUGCCUUGGCUGCAGGGAUUAUGGCUCAUUUAUGUAGGAAGGACUUUGAGAAAGCAGCAACCGGUUCUACAACUACUGCCACCACUACUGCUGCUGAAAAUGGAGGAGGCCCCCAACGGAGGGACACCGUAAUCUCCUUUGGGAAUCAGAGUGUGGCGUUUUCUGAUGCUCCUUUGAUCACACACCGCUGUGAUUAUGUAUUCGAGGUGGAUGGAGACAGUGUACUCGAGAGACCUGUGGCCUGCUACAACCUCUGUCAAGUCUGAGACUCUUUUAAUCUAUAAUGACAGCAAAUGAUACUGCCUUCUAAAUGUACAAGACUCGCCUCACAUUGGGACAAAGGGACCAUCAUGCCAGGCUUUUAAAAUCCAGUAUGUUAUCCUGUUAGGUUUUGGCCCUAAAUGAGACCAAAGAUCAAGAACAUUGUGGUGUCAGGAUUGAGUGGCUUGAAUGGAUUUCCCUGUGCCAUGCUGAAAACAGAAACCUUCAUUACUUGAUGUAGUGUGUCUCCAUUUGACUGAGACAAAAGCUGGGAGGAAAUGCAAUAUGUUUCACACAUACACCUGCAGACAUUAUAAUGUCUAGUACUGAAUUAGUGUUUACCAUUCAGUGUUGAUGGUGACACUUCUUGUUGAAGUCUGAUGGCAGGUUUAGGCUUAAGUGUUUUCAGUUGCCUUACUAUGAUCUCAGAUUUUCUGGGAAGUUGAAAGACUUGAAAGCAGAAGAAACUUAUAGAAGGGACGCAAUUUUUUCUUGAAGUGAACUUUUAUCCUUGUUAGGCAACACAUUUAUGUUUAGACAUUGAAAUAACAUGAAUGAGAUUAUCAAUAUUAUCCUUACUAGGUGUUCUGUUUUGUUUUUAUACCUAUGCUUUUG